AUGGAGUCCGCUGUCUUCGAUGACAAUAUGGAGGUGGCCUCAGACGUUGGCCAUGGACAUCCCGGGACUAUCGAUGAUAUCGAAAUCGACCUUGACUUUACCCAGGUGCGCGUUCCCGAGCAAGAUAAUGAUGUACCUGUGGAUGAUGCUUCCGCCGCCGCCUCCGACCACCCUCCUGCCGACAUAGACGCCAAGUACGAUGCAGAUAUGGCUGAUGACGAAUAUAUGGAAGGUGAUAUGUUGGCUUCCGGAUAUGAUCAAUACCACCAAGGAUACUACCAAUUCGAUGAGGAUUCUGCUUAUAAUAAUCCAAUGGAUUACGAAGCAAAGAUGGAAGAAGACUACGAAGAAGACAUUGAUGCCCCUAUUCCUAAUAGCGACUUUGAAGAUACAAACAUACCGAUUGCAGAAGAAGUGGAAGAGGAAAGGAAAGCAAAAGUAGUAGCACAAGAAGCAGAAGUGGAGGAGGAAGAAGUGGAAAUAGAAGAAGUGGCGGUUGCGGAUAACACCAAAAUGCCGGCUCCAGAAGCCAUAUCGCAUUCAGACCAAGUUGAAACAGAAAUUUCGAACAAUAUACUAGUGGCGGAGGAGCGCCUUGUGGCUCAAGAAGAUAGCAAUGUUACUCUGUCAAAGCCUGAGAGACUUGCCGCGGAGGAAGGCAACGAUGUUUUUCAGGCUGUAGAGAGCACAGAGGCGUCGCACCUAAUUGAAGGCCAUGAAAAGUAUGCUGAAGAUGUUGAGCCUAGUUUGGAAGACGGGCAUGAGCACAGUCAAACAGAGCCUGAGGCUCAAACACCUAGAUUUCAAGAACCUGAAAUUCAAGAACCCGAAUCUGAAGGACGGUAUCGCUCACCGUCGGGCCAGGAAAACCUAUCCAAUACAACCGAGACCUAUCAUUUUGUUGAAGCACAAGAUUACGAGGCACCAAGCGAAGCACAAAGCGAAUCACGAGAGUUCCAGGAAAGGAGAUCACUGCAUCCAGUAAAGGUGCUGUACCAAGAUAGCGAAAUCUCGUUAUUCCCUCCUGCAGAUGAUGACCCAACGGAAACGUUCUUUCUGCAAGAUGAAGGAGUAGCCAAUGCUCCCAUCAAGGAGCUUGUGGGAGCGUGUCGGCAAGUACUGGGUGAGCAUGUUAGCGAGGAUGAAGAGUUAAUACUGGAUAUCGAAACUCUUGGGUUGCACUUGCCCGAGUGCUCUGGCAGCGAAAUCACAACAUCAUUGUCCCAAAUUAUUCAAGUUUAUCUCGAGCUUUGCUCCAAUGAUGGCAUCAGCGAACCCGAGCCUCUGUACCUAACACUUUCUUCAAGAUCAACUUUCACAUCAGGAUUCGCUCGUCUUGUAGCAGCUGCACAUGAGGGUAGAGGGUUAUCCUAUCUAGUAUGGGAAGGUUAUGAUGUUGACAAUGCCGAAAAAGAUGCAGAACAUGGAGUGGAAGAUGGCGAAGCCCAUGAACAACCAUUAUCAACAACUGAAGCUGCAAGCUCCCCAGCUGAGCAGCACCCUCACCAUGUUGAGCCUGCUGACGAAGGACUCUCCUCUGAUAACGUGGCUAGGAGCCCAUGGGCUGGUUCUACAGGCCACAACUCAACAAUCAAUUUCGCAAAUCAGGGCUCACCAGCACUGGAGGAACCGGAAUUCCCUGCACCUGCCGACGAAAACGAGCAAGAAACUCAAGCCGAUAUUCCAACCGAAGUUGCUAGCCGUGGUAAUACUGUGUCACCGCAGAAUGUUGAGGAAUACAGUGACAACCAACAUGAUCAAAGUGUGGAUGAGGGAAAAGAAGAAGUAGGAGAAUAUGAAGGGGACGAACACGACGAUAUCCCACCCGAAUCCGGUAGAGACGAUGCAAGUUACCAUAGGCCUACCCCACCACUAUCUAUGAAAAUCCCGACUGUAGACCUUUCAAGAGACGAGUCAACUGAACAGUCAGAAGAUUACGUGCAAGGAUACGAGUUUAACCACGUACCCCCGCAAUUGGAAGCAAAGGGGAAAGAAGAUACGGAAGUGGAAUACCAACAUGGUGACGUUGGUUUAGAGUCUAAAGAUGAUCAAACGGAAAGCCAUACCGUCUCUUUGGACAAUGUAAAUGGGUCUGAUACCAAUGCUCAAUCAAGCACCAAUAAGGAUGUGCACAUUGAAAUCGAUCUAGGAACCGAUCAUGCGAUCCUGCGAGAGGGAUCCUUUUCCCACCAUAGCGAUAACAGCCUGGAUGAAGGUGAAAUUUACGAACCCGGUGAAGAUGCACCGGAGACCGAGAACAGGGCAGUUCCCAUCCUUAACGACGGAGAACAACCUGUCUCCGGACUGGUGGUUAAAUCUCCCACCGGGGAUGCUCCAAGAACUCCAGAACUAACCCAUGACUUCUUCGAGAUUGAUGAAGACCUUUUUAAAAGUCCGAUGGUGGACGCUCACGAAGCGAUAGCCGUCAUCGGUUCUCCGGCUGCUCCUCUGGACGGAGCCGAUCAGGAACCUCUCUCUUAUCCUGGCGGAGCUGAAUCAUACCCAGCGGAAAGCCCCAAUCCGAAACAGGAUGAAACAACAGCGACUACCGCUCGCACUGUUGUUGGAGACUUCGAUGAAACUACAAUCAGUUCAGACAAAGCAGUCCCUGAUACGGAUGAGUCCAUUGUUCCUGUUAGCCCUAAAUCGACAAAGCGUUCUUUCAUAGACUCCGGCAUUGGUGAUCUCGAAGGCUCCACUCCAGACAUCAAGCGACAUCGGUCGGAGUAG